AUGGCGGACUACCGCCCCUGCCUCCACCAAGCAGUUAACCUGCACAUGGGGCGCCUCGUUUCCAGCUAUUCCUCCCUCCUCGACUGCUGCAGUGUGAACGAAGAAGGCAACCUAGCGGGCAUGUCCGUCGACAAUUUCCUUCUCAAGCUUCAGGUCUUUGCCAUUAUCCAUUCAACCCGGUCGCUCCUCACACUGGCAGCGGACUGUGCUGUGAAUUCUACCUUGCACGACACUCCGCGUCUGUACUCCCUCCUGACAGAAUCGAAAAAGAAUUUGCGUGAGAGGAUCUCGCAGCUGAAGGCCUCGUCGAGCGACGCUAGCAACCUUGCUGGUUGGGCACAUCAAGGACGCGAACGAGGAGUCAGCCAGCGGAAAAGCGAAACAGACCGAGGCGACGAAGGAGACACUAGUGGCGUGUCCGGAGUGCAGGCAGAAAACUCAGACCAGCAGUUGCAGUGUAUCGAACAAGAAGAGGAAAAGCCGCCGCGGUAUUCUGCGUUUGAUGACCUGUUAGGAAGCUUUUUCCACCACCAGGGACAGCUUGGGCAUUGA